AUGCAUACGUUGUUUACGGAUCAACGCCACUAUGGGCACGCACAGCCCGGCUACCCGACGAACGGGCCGACCAUGGCCGCGGCGCACCACUACCCCUACGACCAGUACUCCCGGUAUGCGUAUGCCGGUUCAGCAUACGCCCUGGCCGCACCACAUCAGAACAAAGAGAUGGUGAAGCCGCCGUACUCCUACAUCGCGCUGAUCGCGAUGGCGAUCCAGAAUUCGCCAGACAAAAAGAUCACCCUGAACGGCAUCUACCAGUACAUCAUGGACCGAUUUCCGUACUACCGGGACAACAAGCAGGGCUGGCAGAACUCGAUCCGGCACAACCUCAGCCUGAACGAGUGCUUCGUGAAGGUGGCCCGGGACGACAAGAAGCCCGGCAAGGGCAGCUACUGGACGCUCGAUCCCGACUCGUACAACAUGUUCGACAACGGGUCGUUCCUGCGCCGGCGGCGUCGCUUCAAGAAGAAGGACGCCCUGAAGGAGAAGGAAGAGCUGAUGAAGCGCCAAAGUUUGAUCCUCUCCAGCGACGACAAGAUGGGUGGUGACAUCAAGCCGAUCAAGAUCAUGUCCGGUGGGCAUCAUCAUCUGGAUGGGAAGCAUCAUCACCAUCACCACCAUCAUCACCACGCCCAGCUGCACCACCAGGCUCUCGGGCAUCACCAGACGACGUUCAAGCGUGAGCCUGGCCUAGAGUUGGCCGCCGCGGCUCAGUGUAUGGUGAAGGAUGUUGGACUAACCUCGACGCUGCUCAACACCUGCCACGACACGUUCGCCACGCAGAUGAACCACCUGUCGGCCGCCGGUGACCACGGGUUCACCGUCGACUCGCUGAUGAACGUGUACAACCCGCGCCUGCACCACUCCUCCUACCCGUACCACUUCAACGACGACAACCUUAUGACGCCCGGUUCCGGCGGUCAGCUGCGGCACCAUCACGGCACCUCCAGCCAUCACGCACCACCGCACGGCGGCUGGUACACGCCCGAGACGCCCCCGGAGUCCAUCGGCAACACGUCCGGCAGCUCGACCACCACUCCCACCACCCUGCCCUCGGUCACCGUCACGCCAACGUCCGGCAUCGGCGUGAACGGAGGUGGAGGCGGUGGGCUCGGUGUUGGCGGAGGUUCCCUCGGCGGUGGAGUUCUGUCGCACCAGAGCCUUGGUGGGCAAGCGGGAGGUGGCGGUGGAGGUGGUUUCCGGGAUAUGGUGUUCGAUCACAAUCAGGCGUCAGCGGCAGCCGCCGCCGCUGCUGCCGCCGUCGCCGUCAACUGUCAGAUGGAGCAGGCGGGCAGUCCCGGUGGGAACAGCCUCACGUCGGCCAGUCCACCGAUGAACUCGGCCGCCGCCGCUGCAGCCGCCGCCGCCGCUGCCGCCUCCGGACAUUUGGGCGGCAAUCUGGGACACCUCGGACACUAUCGGCCGCAGAUCGGCUACUACCAGGACUGCGGGCUCAAGUACGGCGCGUAA